UGUGAAUUUAGAAGCCACAUAUAACGUCAAGGUUAUAAUUUUGUUUACCUUCAUGUGCUGGAACUUUUCGGUUGUAACCGAAGUUAUUUCGUUAAUUAUUACUUAAAAUGCAUCCUAAAACUUAUUAUAACACGAUAUUAUCGCAGUGCUACUCACCAUGCGGCAACUAUCUAGUAGUUGGUGAUAUUUAUGGACAUAUUUCUGUUUUUAACCUACAAAACAUAAUCAAUCCUAAAGAAAAUACCGUAACACCAACUUCAGGAGUGACAGCUAAUGAUAGGAAGCCCAAUAAUACAUUCCCAGUUCAAGAAGACAUUCAGAUAAACUGUUUGCUGACAACAACGAAUUACCUACUUGUUGGAUCCCUUGGGGAGAUAGCAGGGUACAAUUGGACAAGUGUUAUAAAGAAAAGUGAUGUUCAGCCAACAUGGAAAAUAGAGUUACCAAAUCCAUCCGAGACAUUUGAAAGAAUUGAGAUUAACUGCAUGAUAUUCAAUGAGGAGAAAGGAAUUUUGCAUGCUGGAUGUUCUGACAACAAGAUUUAUGCCAUUAGUAUUGAGACUGGAAAAAUACUGCAUACCUUAAAUAAACACACAGACUACAUACACAGUAUUGUAAAUCAAGGAAACAAUUUAAUUUCCGGAGGCGAGGAUGGAUUUGUGAACAUUUGGGAUUUGCGGUCGAAAGAGGUUGUUCACAGUUUAGAACCACACCAAAAUAGUAAGCUUCAAAGACCUGAAAUUGGAAAAUGGAUUGGCGCAGUUGCAAUUAAUGAUGAUUGGCUUUUGUGCGGCGGUGGGCCAAGAUUAUCCUUGUGGCAUUAUCGCUCGUUGAAUCUAUCCAAUGUUUACCCAAUCGAAGACCGCGGCAUUCACGUCGGACACUUUUACGGGGAUAAAGUGUUCGCCGGCGGGCGGUGUCCCAAUUUUUAUCAGAUGAGUCUGAACGGUGACAUUGUCUCUGUCAUUAAGACAUCUUCGGUGAGUAUCUACAGCGCCGUUUUUCAGACCGAACCACACAAAGCCAUGUGUCUCAGUGGUUCUAGUCCCAACAUAGAUAUUUGUAGUAAUUUUAACUAUAAGGAUCAAGUCUUAGUUCUUGACUACGAAUAAAAUAUCUCUCCUAAUAAAUACAA